AUGAGUAGCGAAGAACCACCAGCUUUGGGUUCUAAUUCAUUUCAUGAGCAAUCUGUCGAGAACAUCGCGGAAAUGGCGGUUGGACAAGUCGCAGACACAAAUGGGCAAGUAGAAAGACAGCGGAAACGCAUAGAUAUGGACGACUCCGAUGAGGAAAACGAGGCUCCCACAGAACAGAGACUGGAAUCCCAGCGUAUUAUCAAUGGAAACAGUGCUGAGGAACUGGGGCUGGACCAGAGUACCAAAAGGCGCCAGGAGCUGGAGGAUCGUUUAGAUAGGCUUUUGAAAAAACCCAAAUCGCGUAGAACCAGGAGAGACGAAGAUGAUUUAGAACAAUUUUUGGACGAAAGGAUUCUCAGACUCAAGGAUGAGAUGAAUAUUGCAGCACAAAAGGAUAUCGAGACAUUAAACCGUAGACUGGAAGGUAUUGAGGAAUCUGCGAUAGCUAUGGAAAAAGUAAAACUGCUACCCAAGGUGGUUAGUACGUUGUCAAAGGCACAUCUAGCAGACACUAUUUUGGACAAUAAUCUUUUGCAAAGUGUACGUAUUUGGCUCGAGCCAUUGCCGGAUGGAUCACUACCAUCGUUUGAAAUUCAGAAGUCCCUUUUUGCGGCUUUGGAAACGCUACCCAUAAAAACAGAUCACUUAAAGGAGAGCGGACUUGGUAAAGUGGUAAUAUUUUACACCAAAUCGAAACGAGUCGAACCAAAAUUGGCGCGUUUGGCAGAUAAAAUGGUUGCCGAAUGGACAAGACCGAUCAUUGGUGCUUCUGAUAAUUACCGUGACAAACGGGUAAUGAAAUUAGAGUUUGAUGUGGAACAGCACCGGAAGAAGACUAUGCUGGAUAGCGCCAAAAAUAAGAAAUUGAAAAAGAGAAGAUCUGAAGAAGAUACCAAAGGUAAGUCGGCAUACGAGCUGGCUGCUGCGAGAAGAAAUAGAGCUGCGGCUCCUUCACAGGCCACCACGGACUACAAAUUUGCGCCUGUGAGUAAUUUGAACUCAGUACCUUCGAAUGCCAGAACCUCCGGUGUUGGGUCGUCAUUGAACAAUAGUGAAAUGUAUAAGAGGUUGAACUCGAGACUCACUAAAAAGGGCAAGAGAACUAAGUAG